AUGUAAUCACUCAGAUAAUUUACCAAUAAGUACAAUAACCUACUCAAGGCAUCAUCCAGAUUUAACUUUGCUUCAAAAAUUACUCGUCAACUUCCAGUUAAGGAUCUUUCAUUGAAAGAGCAUGAUCAUGAGCUAUAUAAACUUAUAGAGGCUGAGAAAUUUAGACAAUAUAGAGGCAUUGAGUUAAUUGCUUCAGAAAACUUUACCUAUAAAUUUGUACUUGAAUGCUUAGGAUCAGCCUUAACAAAUAAAUACUCAGAAGGAUAUCCAGGAGCAAGAUAUUAUGGUGGUAAUGAGUACAUAGAUAAGAUUGAGGAUCUUGCAAGGAACAGAGCAUUAGAGGCAUAUAGAUUAAAUCCCGCUGAAUGGGGAGUUAAUGUUCAACCAUAUUCAGGAUCUCCAGCUAAUCUUGCAGUUUACACUGCUUUAUUGCAACCAGGAGAGAGACUCAUGGGACUUGAUUUAACGUAAGGGGGUCAUUUAACUCACGGCUAUUAUACUGAGUCAAAAAAGGUAUCUGCCACAUCACUUUUUUGGGAGUCAAAGUAAUAUAAAGUAAAUCUCUAAACUGGUCAUAUUGAUUAUGAUGCUUUAGAGGCAGCUGCAAAGGAAUUUAAGCCGAAAAUAAUAAUUGCAGGAUUUUCAGCAUAUCCAAGGGAUCUUGAUUACAAAAGAUUUAGAUAAAUUGCUGAUUCAGUGGGAGCUUAUCUUUUAGCUGAUAUGGCUCACAUUAGUGGUCUUGUUGCAGCUUAAGAGCUGAAUAAUCCAUUUGAGUAUGCUCAUGUUGUCUCUACUACCACUCACAAAUCUCUUAGAGGUCCUCGAUCUGGAAUGAUAUUUGCCAGAAGGGAAAUCAUGGAUAAGAUUGAUUUCGCAGUUUUCCCCAUGCUUCAAGGUGGUCCACAUAAUCACUAAGUUGCUGCCUUAGCAGCUCAAUUAAAAUAAGUUAAUACUCCAGAGUUCAAGGAAUACUGCCAACAAGUAAAGAAAAAUGCAAAGGCACUAGCUGAUGAGUUAAUGAAGAGAGGUAAUAAAAUUGUGACUGAUGGUACUGAUAACCAUUUGCUUUUGCUUGAUGUAAGACCUCAUAGUUUAACUGGAUCAAAACUUGAGAAAGCAUGUGAUGAAGUUCAUAUUACUCUAAAUAAAAACACUAUUAUUGGAGACAAAUCUGCUAUCACCCCAGGUGGUGUUAGAAUCGGUACUCCAGCUGUUACUACAAGAGGCUAUCUCGAGCAGGAUAUGAAGUAAGUUGGAGUAUUCAUCGACGAGACAAUUAAAAUUUCAAAGAAGAUCUAGGAAACCUCAGGUAAAAAGUUAAAGGAAUUCCAAGAAGGCCUUGAAAAAUCUGCUGAAAUCAAAUAAUUGGCCCAGGAAGUCGAAAAAUUCGCUUCAUAAUUUGAUAUUCCAGGCUUUGAUGCUACUAAGAUUGAUGCUUGA